AUGUCCCAACAUGCUUUUGCGAAUCGUCUUGCCGGUAAUAACUUCCAGGACGAGUUUGCCGCAUUCAGGCGAGGCCAGGGAUUACCUGCAAUGACCAUCGAUAUCGGUUACCUUUUGUCUGUGGGGUUCAUUGCUGGGCAAGAUGUAUAUGCUGACCACGUAAAGGCAAUGGGACUCAAGGUCAUGCAAACAUCCGACUUGCAUGGACUGCUAGCAGCAGCCAUCGAAGGCCUUUCCAAGCAUCCAGGCCAGGUCAUGUGCGGUCUGCCGUUCAACGAGCAUGGCGAUACAUGGUACUGGAUAUACGAUGCGCGAUUUGGUGCUCUGCGAAACCUCGCCACUGGAACUUCAGCAAACAAGGGGCAAGUUGUCUCGCUGCGCGAAGAGUUGGUUAGGUGUGGCACCAUCAGCGAAGAGGCUGUGCAGAUCAUUACAAAAGCUAUGGUGCAGAGACUAGCAAGUUUAAUGAUGAUAUCUGAGGAGGAUAUGGCCGUUGAGUGCUCGGUAUUCGAUGUCAUGCAGAACAUUCCCAUGACUCAGUUGGCCUGUAAUUUGGCGGAGAAGAGUAAGCUACUAGUUGAGCGCAGCUGA